ACCUCCACACACUGUUGGACGGGAAAUAACUUUAUGAAAAUCAUAACUUAUCGCAGACUGGUGACAGAUCCAAGUGUUUGUUUUCUCUUCUGAAAGCAACGUUUUCCUUUCUGGAACUCUUCCUCGCCGACACGCGGAGUUAGCGAAGUACCGGACGCGCUCCAGCGAUGGUGACUUUACGCACGGGACUGGAAGGCUGCUUGAUCUGACUCGUCCGGAUUCCAGACUACGUCAACUGUCCCAACUUUGUGCGAAAGUUUGUUGCAGUGCAGUCCAGCAGCGAAGACGAUCUGACACAGAAUACUUUCUCAGCGGAAUACAACGCUGCCGAGCCUCUUGAGAUCUGUGGAGGACGCAUUCUUCUGCCGUCAUCAUAUUCCACACCGUGUUGGGACUCAAGGUGACGUUCAUGAAUUGUGCACAAGUGAGAAGCAGGUGCUGGAGUUGAAGUCUCUCAUUUAAAAUGAUGUCUUCCAUGCGAGCAACACCUCCCUUCCAUGAGCCAACCGAGGAAGAGGAAGCAACAGGCCACGACAACUCUACCUGGCCAGUUGACAAGCGAGAAGGCCCCCGAGAGACGCCGCUGCCGACUUCUCGUGACAACGGCCACAAAGAGGAGGUGCAACCUGUCAGGGAGAAGCAAGCGGACUCAGAGUGGGAGAACGUCAGCGCUGCUGCAGUGGAUGACAGCAGUAAAGUUUGCUCGGGCUACUCCUACCAGACCAAUUCUACCUCUCCACCAAAGCCAGAUGAGUGUUCUCGGGAACGUGGCGAACCAAUGAUCGGCCUUGCUUUCGGAACACCGGAACGCCGCAAAGGCAGCCUGGCGGACGUGGUGGACACCUUGAAACAGAAAAAGCUUGUGGAGCUGACCAAAACCGAACAAGACGAUCCUUUUCUCUGGGGAGCAACUGUGCGAGGCAUGCCAACGUUGCUUCCCAAAGAACCGUCCUGCAUGGAGCGACUUCUCUCCAGAGACUGGAAAGAGCGUGUGGACUGUUUGAAUGCCAAUGAGUUGCUAGGAGAAGUCAAAGGUACACCCGAGUCACUGGAAGAGAAGGAGCAUCAACUUUCGACCAUGAUCGGCCAGCUGAUCAGCUUGAGGGAGCAGCUGUUGUCGGCCCAUGAUGAGCAGAAGAAGAUUGCAGCCUCACAGAUGGAGAAGCAAAGGCAGCAGAUGGAGCUGGCCCGACAGCAGCAGGAGCAGAUUGCUCGACAACAGCAGCAGCUACUGCAGCAACAACACAAGAUCAACAUUCUGCAGCAACAGAUCCAGGUGCAGGGUCACAUGCAGCCCCUGAUGAUCCCUGUCUUUCCCCACGACCAGAGGUCUAUUGCUGCCGCCACACAGCCUGGUUUCCUCUUUCCACCAGGCAUGUCUUACAAGCCAGGUGAGAAUUACCCCAUGCAGUUCAUUCCAUCCACAAUGGCAGCUGCGGCGGCGUCUGGACUCAGCCCAUUACAACUUCAGCAACUGUAUGCCGCCCAGCUGGCAAGCAUGCAGAUCUCACCGGGGGCAAAGAUGGUUCCACUCCCACCGGCCCCAAACUCAUCCAGUCCCCUCUCCCCAUCGUCCCUCAAAAGCGAGAAGAGAUCAUCCAGCCCUGUCACCCUUAUUAAGGAGGAAGGAUCCACACAGCCAUUGAACCUCUCAGCCAGACCCAAGACCGCCCAGCCACCCCACUCCUCAACAUCCCCGACACACAGUCUUUAUGCCGGAAGCAAGACUAGCCCCUCUGGAGUUGACAAAGGUCGUAUCCCAAGCCCCACCAUGGGCAGGAACUCUUCACUCGACAUCCUGUCAAGCCUAAACUCCACAGCUCUAUUUGGGGACCAGGAUGCAGUGAUGAAGGCAAUUCAGGAGGCCAGAAGCAUGAGGGAGCAAAUCCAGAGAGAGCAGCUCCAUCACCAGCAGCAGCAGCAAACAGGACACCACAGUCUGGAGGCCAAACUUUCUGCCCUCAGUAGCAUGAGCCUCAACAAUGGCAACAAGGAGCGACUUCAUUAUGAGACACUGAGCCAACACCUUGGAAAGCUGGGGGAAGAUGCAGGGAAGAUGGUUCAUCGAGUUAUUGACCUGACAAGACCUGAAGAUUUGGAUGGAAACAAUAUCACAGAAGCUCGAGUUUUCAGGGAGACAAGGGGAAGGAACAAUAAUGAGCCGCACAUCAAAAGACCUAUGAACGCGUUCAUGGUCUGGGCCAAAGACGAGAGGCGGAAGAUCCUGCAAACGUUCCCUGACAUGCACAAUUCCAACAUCAGCAAGAUUCUUGGUUCUCGUUGGAAAGCGAUGACCAACCAGGAAAAGCAGCCAUACUACGAGGAGCAGGCCCGCUUGAGCAAGAUUCACCUGGAGAAGUAUCCUAACUACAAAUAUAAGCCACGGCCCAAGAGGACCUGCAUCAUUGACGGCAAGAAGCUGCGCAUUGGUGAAUACAAGCAGAUGAUGAGGUCACGACGCCAGGAGAUGAGGCAAUUCUUUGUAGGCCCACAACCACAAAUACCUCUUGGCAACAGCACAGGUGGUGUGGGAGUGUACCCAGGCGCAAUCACCAUGGCAACGACAGCUACACCACCCCCACACUUGACUUCAGACUGCUCAAGUAACUCGACCAGCCCAGAGCCAGCCAUCCCUGUUAUCCAGAGCACGUACGGGAUGAAGUCGGAGUCCGGCAGAGGCAAUACUGUCGGUGUGGUGGGGGGGUUGGACAUGCCAAGCGACCCCGCCAAUGGUGAUGACAUGGACAUGUAUGAGGAUUUUGAGGACGAGCCCAAGUCAGAAUACAGCAGUGACCACGAGACACGAGAGGACAUAAGUGCCAACUGAGUUGCUAUAGGAUUCAGCUGAGCGUGACACAGCAUAUGUUACACAAAGACUUUUAAAACAGCCAUACUUCCUGAUGCAAGUCCUGCGCUGAGUCAACAAACAAGCUCAAAGUAGAGAGGAAACGUGUGGCGGGGAUAUGAUCAGACACUCAGCUGACGACAUUCAGCCAACUUUUGACAAUCAAACUGAUGGGAGAACAAGUGAGCGAGGAACACGUUGCUGUGUGGUGUGUCAAGAGCAUGCAUGGGUUUGGAAGCAUCAGGAAUUUAUCCUCAUCAGCUAUCUGGUCUUAAAUGUUUAAAGAGUGAUCUAGUUUCAACCUUUAUGUAUUUAGUUCUUGUGUUAUUAUGUGCAAGUUUUUGUUUCACACAAACACUUUUCCGGACAGGCCUGGACAAGACUGUCAGAACUUGAAAUUUGAGAAGUUUUAAUAUAAAACCUAGAUCUUGUAAUCUUAUAGUCUUACUUCGUUUCAUAUGAAAAAAAAAAAUCAUCACCCUUAUCUUAGUUUUUUUUUUUUUUUCCAUCAAACUGCCUCCAUGUUAUUGCUGUUUUUUUUUCUAUCCCAGCUCAGGUAUGGUGUGCCAGCUUGUGAAUGUGUUUUUAUUUCAGUUGUUUUGUUUUGUUUUCAUACAAGAAAAAAAUACUUAAAAAGACUCUAGGUGACUUUGUAUCCAACGUUAUUAUUACUUUUACUGUUUUAUUGUUAUUUCAGAUUAUUACAAUUGUGCCAAACCUACAUUCACAGGCAACAUUUAGUCUUAACCUUUCGUGCUACAGAAGUCUUACCAUAAUAUGCUCAGUUUCCAAAGCAACAAGGACAGUCUCAGAAUUACUUCAUCAAACUUCUGACCAUUUUUCAGUCACAUGAAGAAAGACAUUUUUUGCACAAGUUCGUACCAGUGCUUAGUUUUUACUUCAUUGCCCACAAAUCCUUGAGGCCAAAUAUGUUUUGUUAUUCUAUAUUAAAAUGGUAUCUUUCAUGAGCCUCGAGGUUGGGGGGGAUUCACUCUGGAGUCACUUCUUCAGGCCCACUGAAGUGCUCACACACUGGAUAGGCAGCAUGUCAGAGGCUCUUACUAGCAUGUAUCAGUCAACCUUUGAGACUGAAUGGCGGCAUAAGUGAUUUUAACACAUUGGGUUGCUAGUUGGGAUGUUUUGUUUCAUAAUAUACUCCUAGCUUUCCUUGAUGAAACUCCAUUUCAAUAUUUCAACCACCAUUUCAAAUACUAACUUUCACGUUGAAUUCUAAUACUGUCCACUUCGUGUUAAGACAAAGACAGUUUCGCAAAUCCAUCCGUGUAACUCAUAAUUAUUACAUUUUAAUUUGUGGUGGCAUUUAUUACCAAGAAUACUUGGAUAACAGCAUGGAUACAACAGACCACUGUUAUAUUUAUUCAUGCAUACAUACGAUUUCAGUUUGCUUAGUCCUGUUUGGGGUUGUGGUUUUAGAGUGUCCGAUUAAUGUAAUGAGCAUGUCUUGGGGUUUGGGAGUAAAUCGGAGAAUCCAGAGAAAACACAGGCACAGGGAGAACAUGAAAACUCCACCCAGAAUGUCCCGAGUUGGAUUCGAACCCUGUAGCUUCUUGCUGAGAGACAGCAUUGACCGAUACAUUUAUAUGACAGCAUCAAUGCUAAAAGCUUUGCAGUAUGUUGUUAAAUGUAUUUGUAGAAAAGGCUGAACCAGUGCAAAGACCUUAAAAAUCCUCUCCCGUGUGUAACCUAAACCUCGAGGACAAGACAUUUCUAAAGUUAUAAUUCUUUAUACAGUAUGCUAUAUCCAUGAAAAGGUAAAUAAGCAAAACAACAAAGCUAAAUAAGCGUGUGCAUCAAGCAACAUUUAAAACACUACAUUUUUUCCCUUUCAACAUUUGCUUCACAAGCUGGGACUGACCUUUUUUUUUUCACUUCAGUUUUAUAUCACGCGCACACACAAACACCAUAAGCACUGGAUAUAAAUUCUACAUUAAUUUAAGUAUUGACUGAUGUGAAGUUGCUUGGUUUUCUUCAUGAUGAAUUAUCAAAGUUGACAUGAGUUGCUUUGCAAAAGCCAAGUAAAAAGUUUCUUUUUAAACACAUUUAGAUGAAUUCAUUCUUUGUCUUCUCUACUUGUCUGGUAAAGUGACAAGGUUGUUCAUCACCGCUGACCCGUUUUUUUUGUUUUGUUUUUUUUUUUUAAGAGAAAUAAUGGAACCUCAUGUUAUUGUUAGUUGUGACCUGCUGAAGCAGCACAAACGUUUCCUGGUCAUACACAUUUGUGAUGAAUAUUGUAUUUGAAAUUCAAUUGUGCGUUUUGACAUUUCAUCAUUGUAUUUAUUAGCCAGAAUUGGCUCUAAAAAGUGUCAGUACAACUUGGUGAAAAAGACAAUCAAA